UACAUACAUAAGUAAUCUCGAAUGAUCUGAAAGACGCCUGAACCCCCUUUCUGGAUUUCUAAUUUUGUCGAAAAUGUCAAUAUUUAACAAUUAUUCAAAGAAGUGGAGGUGAAUAGUGAACGCUAAUCACUUUCGAACCAGCCAAUCAACGCGCGAGAAGAGUACUAUUUGUAUAAGUAGUAUAUACUAAUCUGAUAUAAUUCUUCUUCUAUGUACAGCGCUUCAAAAAUGCGGAGUUUCUUAUAGCAAGGUAGGAUGCUUUGUAGAUAAACGUCGACCAUUUAGAAACAUGCUUCUCGACCAAAGGAAAAACAUAGAUUGGCAAAACUGGAACAAUUUUCUUGAGCGCUUUGUGUGCGCAUGCGCGAACAAGACUGUCACUGAUGGUUGUGCAUAUUUCGGAAUUCAAUUUUGGGCAGAGUGCUGGGCUGGUGAGAACCUGGAUGUUGCCUACAAUUCUGAUGGUCAAUCAAAUUACUGCUUCGGUCACGACUUUUUGCCAUGCGCAAGAGUUUCAUCGAGCUGUGCGGGUGCCAAGGAUGUUAACUUCGUGUACAAAAUUGAAGUGGAUCAACCUCCAGAUGCUUGCCGAGACCAGGAUCCUGUAAUGUGUCAAAAACAUCUUGAAUUUUGUGACAGUUAUGUACAUAUGGCCAAAAUGUGCCCUCGGACUUGUAAUUUGUGUCGAGACUGAAGACUGAAAUAAAGGUUUUAUCGUAAAAUGUAA